AUGGACGGGAAGAACCGGCUCAAGUUCAAGGACUUAUACUUUGCCACCGAAGGGUUCAAGGAGAAGGGCCUUCUCGGAUCAGGCGGGUUUGGGAGCGUUUACAAAGGUGUCAUGCCCAAGACGAAGAAAGAGGUCGCCGUGAAAAGAGUCUCGAACAAAUCCCAACAAGAGUUGAAAGAGUUUGUGUCUGAGAUCGUGAGUAUUGGUCGGAUGAGUCACCGGAACUUAGUCCCUCUCGUAGGUUAUUGCCUCCGAAAAGACGAGCUUCUUCUGGUGUACGACUACAUGCCCAAUGGAAGCUUAGACAAGUAUCUGCACAGUAGUCCGGAGGUAACCCUCGACUGGAACCAGAGGAUAAAAGUCAUUAGAGGUGUGGCCUCCGCCUUAUUCUUCCUUCACGAGGACUGGGAACAAGUGGUGAUUCACCGUGACGUCAAAGCCAGCAACGUCUUGCUAGACGUAGAGCACAAUGGAAGACUCGGGGAUUUCGGUUUAGCUCGGUUGUGCGGUCAUGAAGUGGCUUGCGGUAGGCGUCCUCUCGAGGUUCAGAACUGCGAGAAUGGUGGUGAGAGGGUCUUUCUCGUGGAUUGGGUUUUGGGGUUAUGGAACGAGGGAGACAUCUUGGAUGCUAAGGAUCCCAAUCUUGGAACAGAGAUUGACGAAAGAGAGGUCGAAAUGGUUUUGAAGCUAGGUUUGCUGUGCUCUCACUCCGACCCAUAUACUAGACCAACGAUGAGACAAGUGCUACAUUAUCUAAGGGGAGAUGCAGUGCUGCCAGAUUUUUUGCCUUUGGACUUGCGUGGGAGCGGGAGGAUGAUGUUGGGAAUCCACCACGGACUUAGUGAGCUAAGCAUGUUUACCGGUGGAUCUUCAAAUGUUGAUUCUAUACUAUCCGGCGGGAGGUGA